AUGCUGCUCUGUGGUAUCAUUCACGAAUCACAGAAGCAGGCCGCGAACCAAGUGGUCUACUUCUUCUGCCAGGGCACAGACUCUCGACUGAACAACGCCACGGCCGUGUUGAGGGGUCUACUCUACGUAUUGGUGGAUCAGCAGUCAGCGCUCGUCUCCCACGUACGGAAGAAGUAUGACAACACAGGAAAGCAACCCUUCGAGGAUCUAAAUGCUUGGGAUGCACUAUCCAAGAUAUUUAAAAACAUGCUGCGGGACCCAAGCCUAAAGAGCACGUACUUUAUCAUCAAUGCACUCGACGAAUGCAAAACAGACUUACCGCAACUCCUCGACCUGAUCGUCCAAACCUCCUCUAAAUCUUGUGCCAAGUGGAUUGUGGCCAGCCGUGACCAAAUCAGCAUAGAGCGGGGCCUGCGGCUUGAUGAGUCGCGGACGAGGCUCAGUCUAGAGCUGAAAGAAAAUGCAAAGCAAGUAUCUCAUGCCGUCGCCGAGUAUAUCCGCCACUGCGUUUCCGAGUUGAUAGAAAUACAGAACGAUAAACGCCUCCAAGAACAAGUCCUAGAUAAAAUACAAAAGAAGGCCAAUGGCACGUUUCUUUGGGUAUCUCUCGUUAUUAAAGAGCUCAAAGACGAAAAUACCAUGAGUUGGGACUUCCUAAAGGUCAUUGAUGAAAUGCCCACAGAUUUAAACGACCUGUAUGGUCGAAUGCUAGAAAAUUAA